AUGCCUACACAAUUGCCUCCAAACCUGACUCCAGCUCAAGAGAAAAUGUAUAUCUUGCAACUUCAAAUAGAAGAUAUUACAAGACGCCUAAAGACUGGUGAUUUGGGCAUUCCGGCAAAUCCUGAGGAUAGGUACGUUACUGGAGCGAAGAUUAUUAUUCGUGGUAAAGGUUCCGUCAAAGACGGGAAAUUGAUUCGCCGAGAUGGAAUGCCUAUUCCCGGUGAAGAUGAACCUCUUCAUGCUUUCGUUUCUGCUGCUACUCCAGAGUCGUGCCAAAAGGCUGUGGAGAAGAUUCAAAGCAUCAUCCGCCAGGGUAUUGAGGUUCCUGAGGGUUUCGGUCAUCUUGCGUCAGACUGUAAACUACGCGAUCCUUCGGUCACCAUGGAACAUAUGGGCAUCAAUCCGAUGGAAAGGGCUAAAAUGGACAGUGAAUAUACUGCGCUUAUGGCGGAGUUAGGCGUUGGUUAUGGUGGUGGUGCCGCCACUUUGCCCCCAGGAGUUGCUCGCGUAGAUGCUCACAGAGGAUUAAAUGUGGCGGAAUUUGUAUGCUUUAGUUCAGGAAAAUGGUGCGAAAUAUGA